GGGGCGGGGCUUCCUGUCCGGGUGGCUCGGGUGCUGGGCUUGGAGCCACAUCCCCUGCACGUGGCGCGCGCUUUGGGCGCGGGGGCUUCUGAGCGGUUUUCGAGGCGGACGUCACGCGCAGAGGCCGUUGGAUCGGCCCGUAGAACCGUCCCUGUGCCGUUCCUGCCCCGGCGCAGGGCGAGCGGCCGCCGGUGGCGCUGAGGCUCGGCGCGCUUCCGUCAUGGACUACCGGCGGCUGCUGAUGAGUCGGGUGGUUCCGGGGCAGUUUGACGAUGCCGACUCCUCGGACAGUGAAAACAUUGACUUGAAGACUGUCAAAGAGGAAGGUGAUAUUCUGUUUGAAGACCUUCAGAAUAACGUGAAUGAGAAGAUGGGUGAAGGUGAGGUAGAAAGGGAGGAGGAGGAAGAUUAUGACGACGACGGUGAUGUGGACUGGGACGGUGAUGUGGACUGGGACGAUGGACUUGGAAAACUGACCAGGUGUUCAGCCUCAGGCGGAGGGAGUAGCCUGCAGGCAAAUCGACAGACUCCCAGCUGCAAUUCAGCCAAAAUGUCUACUCCAUCAGAUAAGGUCUUACGGAAAUUUGAGAAUAAAAUUAAUCUAGAAAAACUAAACGUUACUGAUUCUGUCAUAAACAAAGUCACGGGAAAGCUUAGACAAAAGGAAGCAGAUAUGUAUCGCAUCAAAGAUAAGUCGGACAGAGCAACUGUAGAACAGGUGUUGGAUCCCAGAACACGAAUGAUAUUGUUCAAGAUGUUGACGCGAGGAAUCAUAUCAGAGAUCAAUGGCUGCAUUAGCACAGGAAAAGAAGCUAAUGUAUAUCAUGCUCGCACAACAAAUGGAGAGAGCAGAGCAAUCAAAAUUUAUAAGACUUCUAUUUUGGUGUUCAAAGACCGGGAUAAGUAUGUCAGUGGGGAAUUCAGGUUUCGUCAUGGCUACUGUAAAGGCAACCCCAGAAAAAUGGUGAAAACGUGGGCAGAAAAGGAAAUGAGGAACUUAAUCAGGCUAAACACAGCAGAGAUCCCGUGCCCAGAACCUAUCCUGCUGCGAAGUCAUGUUCUCGUCAUGAGUUUCAUUGGCAAAGACGACAUGCCAGCGCCGCUCUUGAAAAACGUCCAGUUAUCAGAAUCCAAGGCUCGGGAGUUGUACGUGCAGGUGAUCGAGUACAUGAGGAGAAUGUACCAGGACGCCAGGCUCGUGCACGCGGAUCUCAGUGAAUUCAACAUGCUGUACCAGGGCGGAGGCGUGUGGAUCAUUGACGUUUCUCAGGCCGUGGAGCACGACCACCCGCACGCCUUGGAGUUCUUGAGGAAGGACUGCGCCAACGUCAGCGAUUUCUUUCUGAAGCACGGGGUCGCCGUGAUGACUGUGCGAGAGCUCUUUGAAUUCAUCACGGAUCCGUCAGUUACACAAGAGAACGUGGACGCGUAUCUGGCAAAGGCCAUGGAAAUAGCAUCUCAAAGGACCAAGGAGGAAAGGUCCAGCCAGGAUCAUGUGGAUGAAGAGGUGUUUAAGCGAGCUUACAUUCCUAGAACCUUGAAUGAGGUGAAGCAUUACGAGAGGGAUAUGGAUAUAAUGGUGAAGUUGAAGGAAGAGGACGUGGCCAUGAACGCCCAGCAGGACAACAUUCUAUACCAAACUGUCACGGGACUGAAGAAGGAUUUGUCAGGAGUUCAGAAGGUCCCUGCACUCCUAGAAAGUCAAAUUAAGGAAAGUCAAGUUAAGGAAAAGACUUGUUCUGAUUCAGAAGAUGCCAGAAGCUCUCAGUGUUCUGACACAGACUCUGAAGAGCAGGGAGACAACGCCUGCUCCAGGAAGCCCACCGCUGACCUUGAAGUUGAUAAAAAGGAAAGAAAAAAGAUGGUCAAGGAAGCCCAGAGAGAGAAAAGAAAAAACAAAGUUCCUAAACAUGUGAAAAAAAGAAAGGAGAAGGCAGCCAAGAUGAAAAGGGGCAAAUAGAACCAGAACUGUAUGAUGUACAGUGAUUUCCCAUCACCUGCUCUCUGAGCUGCGUCUGGAGGAUGGGUUAUUGAUUUUCACUGAAUGGUUAUUACUGCAAUGUCCAUGUGGACGGAUUCAUGUGUUUUCAUGUAAUUAUGUAAAAAGCUCUAAGCUCUAGUGUCUAGGUCUGGUCCCUAGCUCUGUAUGGUAUUGAUAGAGGAUUGUUUAAGCUACUAUUUUAAUGAAGAACUUUAUACAAUUUUACUUUUGUAUAUAUUUUCUCCCGCAGUGUGGUUUUUGAAGCAUCGUAACUGUUUAAAUGUAUUGAGCAUUCCUGUAAAGGCACUUUGGACAAACUUGGGCAAAUUGUUUUUGCUUUGUUUGUACGUGCCAAAGACCCAUCUGAAAUCAUUUGAUUAUAAGGCCACGGUUUCUAUAAAAGGGGGUUUCACUGAUUUAGAGAAUUCAGUUGUUGAUAUAAUCGUUCAUCGCAACUUUGUUCUAUGUGUAUUGAUGGUUAUUUACAAUAAGUUACUCUUCAUCUUUCAUAUUCUUUUUUGAGCUAGGACCUCCUAGUUUAUAAGCUAUUUCUCAUUCAACUAUGAGACCUGUUCAUUCAUUCAUCAAAUAUUUGAGUAUUUUAGGUACGAGGGAUACAGCAGUAAAUCAAAAGCAAUUUCCAUAGAUAAACCUAGUUUCCCUUAAACCGAAGCUUACACCUGCUUGUUUGAGAGUCAGUGGGUUAUUGAGGGAGGGGCGGGUCUACUGGAUAAAGCAGACAAAAGUUACUACCUUCAGCUGGUUUGCGUUUUAAUGGGAAGACAAGGCAUUAAACAAAAUAAGUAAAAAAUAGUCUAUCAGCAGGUGAUAUAUUCCAGGGGAGGGGAAGAAAUAAUGUAGAGAAGAGAAUGCCUGGGGCGGUGGGAGAGUGCAGGUUUAAAACAGGCCACGCCGAGGGGCCAUAUUUGGGCAAAUACUUGAAGGAUGUGAGUCACGUGCAUAUCGGGAGAGAAGAGCAUUCCAGGCAAAGCAAACAGCAAGUGCAAAGGCCCCGAGGCAGAAGUGUGUCUGAAAUGUUCCAGAAACAGGGAGCUAGAGCAUCGUAAUCAUGGGGGCGGGUGGGGGUGGGGGGAAGCAGCAGCUUAGAUCAGGUGAUGGUAUAUGUGCCUGGAAGGUUUUGAGCAGAGGAAUGGUGUGAUCUAACUUCUGUUUUGAAAGGGUCGCGAUCCCUGUGGCUUCCAGAGAGGACGGAGUAGGAGAUGGGUGGGGGUGGGCAGGCAGCUGGGUAUGUGCCGUGGUAACCCACGCGACAGAUGGCGGAGGCUCGGUCCAGGAUGGUAGCAGUGGACAUGGAGAGAAGCGGUUGGAUUCUAGGUAAAGCAGGCACGGUGAACUGGAUGUGCCAUGAGAAAUGCCGAUUUUAGUCCUUGAAUCAAAGGCAAUUUCCAUAGGUAAACCUAGUUUCCCUUAAACUGAAGCUUGCACCUGCUUGUUUGAGAAUCUGUGGGUUAUUGAAGGAGGGGCGGGGUCAACUGAGCUUUUAAAGCUUUAAGUCAAAUGUAUUACGUUCAUAAUAGCCUCUCUUCCUGACUUGAACAAAGUUCAAAAUAUGAAGUAUAGUUUCAGUGAAACACAGUUGUGUGUCCUCUAAAAUAUUCUACAGUUAACACAACCAAAGAGAAAACCAAAAAGGAGGCCGAGCAACCUGGUACACCUUGGCGGAUUCCUCUUCAGGACGCCCCGGUUCUCUCAUGGGUUGGGCCUCACCUCCAGCCAGGCGUGUUUGAAUCAGGUGGUCGGGCUCCGCUGUGCCAUCUUUGGUGAAUCGAAUGCAAUCACUAGGCUUGGAUUCAGUUUCACUGGGCAAAAGUGGUGUCGGCAGGAUGGACCCUCAUUACCUGCUGCCAGGAGGAAGUAAGUGGCUUGUGACGCGCCAGGAUCUGGGACUGUAGGGGAUUCUAAUCUGAGGAGCCCUUUCCUGACAGCUGGUGUGGCUGUUUUCCCGUCUGGAUUCUGGGCUGUAGCUGUGGCUGAGUGGGAACCACUGGUAGCAUUCUUGCCAAACUGGUCUGAAACCGUUUCCCUUGUGUGUUUCUUGCCAGGAGGUCUGGAAGACGGAGCCUCUUUGUUAGGCAGACUUAACAGGGCUGCUUUCUGGCUUUGACUGCAAUAGAAUUUUGAGCACUUGACAGGUUUUCGUGUCCCUGGAUCAUUGGUUGUGCAGGGACUUUCCAUUUGGAGAGAUGAGCUUUGGGGGUCUCUUGAUCCAAAGGCUGGGACAUCAUUUUGUCAGUUGUCGAUGUAUCUGGUUUUCUGUCCUAUUUUGUUGAUUUUCUUAAUCCCUUCAGAAAUGCAGGUGUUUCUAAAAGUUUACCGUGAGGAAUCUGGAUGAUUUCAUUGAAGCACGAAAUCACAGCUCUUUCCUCCGCGGCUGUACUUAAUUCUGCCUUUGAUGAAGCAGUUUAGCAACAGAAGUUUCCCUGGCCCAGGAGCUCCAGCCUUUGAGCCUGGCCUUGGAGUGGAGAGGUGGGCACAGCGGCAGCUGGCUGCCUAGGUCUGAUCAAGUGCGAAUCCACGUCUGGGGCUGACGUCACGUUUUCUUCAGCCUUCUCUACUCCUUGAUAAAGAUGCACUCAAUCGGUUGAAGAACUUUGUAGUUUGGUACUACGGCUUGUUGGAGAAGAGCUCUCCUUUUCAUGGGCUUCUGUUGAAUUCUGUGCAAGCAGCUUGUUUCUUGGUUGCAGGCCUAUCCUUGUUUUGUGGCUAUGAUUUCAUUAACCUUUUGGCUCAAAAUGAAGAGAUGAAGCAGUUCUAGAAGCUGGUAAAAAUUCACUUGAAGGACAUCUCAAAUGUCAUGGGCUCUGAAUGUUGACAUUUCUAAAAAUCCUUUUGGUUUUCAAGAGCUUGACAGAUUUUCUAAUAUUUAGUUGUUUAUACACAUAUAAGUAAAGACCCGGAACAUUCAUUCAGAGCUUGACUUUGACUUCUGGGGUUUACUUUUUGAUGGUGAAAGGGUCGCAUGGAUCAGCAGGUACAGCAAAUCCUGCUCCUCAAGGUAUGGUCUCCUGUGAAGAUUUCCUGUGACCACAUCAAAUGGCUAAGAUUUUCAGCCAUUGGUGAUCGUAAAACAAGAGCUCUCCAUGUUCUGUCUCUUGAACUGGAUUAGGUUAUUACAUUCCUAAUCCAUUGUGGUUGGAGUUUUUACCUUCCAUAUCCUUUGGGUUUGUGUUGCCUUGGACGUCAGGGCUUUUUAUCAGUGCUCCAGGGGAAAUUAUAGUGUUGUGUCUGAAAUCAUUUAAGCUAGUUUCCGAAGGAAAAGAUACCUUUCUUGCACCUGUGUUCUCCAGAGAUCUUAGUCGCGGUUGGUAGUGCUGUGGGAACCUCUGGGCUUGAACUUGGAGAAUGAAGACUUGAACUCGUGGAAUUUUUGGUUUUCAGCUUUCCUUCAUUUUCUGUGUCACUCCACAGCCUGCUUUGACUGCUGGCAGGUCAUGAGGAGGUGGCCCUCGUACCGCCUGGAAUAGCCACACACCCACAAUAGCCUUUCUCUCUCCCUUUUUCCCAGAAUGGCAAGGGCAUCAUCUGUGUGUGAGCACAGCUAUUUCUAGCUCUCUCAGAGCUUUCUACCCCCCUUAUCAAUGCACCUUAAUAAUUUUAAGGCCGAGCAACUUAAUCAUCUCGGGGUGAAAUUUUAACCUUUACACAUUUUCUGCGUAGCUGUCUUGGAGUCAUAAACUUGUCAGUGAAAAAGUGGUGGGUCCUUGGGGUCCAAGUGCAGCAGCUGGAGAGGCGGGCAGGCAGAGGAUGGGCUGUUUAAAGUAGGCAUGGGGGUUGCCCUUGAGGGUAGCAUCUGCGCUACAGCCGUGGGCGUGAGUGGCUGCAUAGGGGAGCAUCAGAGGCUCAGGUCAAGGAACUGAGGCCAGGGUUUUGGAAGGACCAUCUGUGUUGGGACAGGGCCUAGUUUUAGAGUGUCAGCGAGUGACAUGCCUGAAUCUUCAGUGGGCUGGGAGACGGGUGACGUGGACGCCUGUAAUGUUGGGGGCAGGUGAGUGGUGUCUGACGACGUCAGUGCCCUCCAGAGAGCCAGGAUUUAAAUGGGGCGAGGAGAGGGGAACCCUCAGAGGAGACGUUGAGGAUACGAGGCUUCUUGCUGGUGUCUGACCCCACGUGGGUUCCAGACGGCACUGGGGGAAGUGUUUCAGGAUGGAGAAGAGUAGGAAAAGCCCCACUGUGGGGUUGGAUGCUUCUGGGUCUGAGGACCUGGCCCCGUUAAGUAGGCAAACGCCACAAGCCCAUGGAGAUGAGGAGUAGUGCGUGCCUCGUGGGUUUACUGUGAAGGACACCGAGGAGAGCUACGCGGAGCUUGGCAAGGUCUGGCCCAGGCUGGUGAACCUGAACCCAGUCACUCAAGUCAUUCACGAUGGACCAGUCCGACCCCUUGGUGUUCCUGCAGUGAUGUGAAAAGAGGUUCACAGAACCUAGAAAGUAUCUUGCCUCCCCCCAGAAACGUUGAACCUCAACCCAUGUAGCUGCCAGCUGUAAUCAGCAGUUUACAAAGUAUACAGCUCACAGGAACAGGAUAGAUGAUGCUGGGAGGAUAUAGUCAACCGAAUUCAGAAUAAGGGGGAAAAAAAAAGAAGAGGGAGAGCUAUGAUAAAGAGGUCUAAGAGACAUAUUUCCCAAUGCUGUGGAUUUCACUUGGAUCCUGAUUAGAUCAAACCAGCUGUAAAAAGAUGGACUGUUCUGGGGUUUCUGUUUAGACAAAUAGGGAAAACUAAAAAUGGAGGAGGUGUUAGAUGAUAGUAAGGGAUUGUUAAUUUUACUGGGUGUGAUAGUGGUAUUGUUUUUAAAAAUGGUUCUCUCAGAGUGUGGACUGAAGUCUUUACGGGUGAGAUGGAUAGAAUGCCUGCGAUUGUUUCAAAAUUCUCCAUCCUUGACCGACUCCUAAAGGAAAGUGGUGGAUGAAGCGGGAAUAGCAGGAGGUCAGUAGUUGCUAAAGCGGAGUAAUGGGUAUGUAGGGAUUUAUUAUACUCUUCUCUCUCUGUAACAGUUUCUGUAAGAAGAAAGGGUUUGUUUGUUUUUUACUGAGUCAAAGUAAAUAUAUUAAGUACUUAAAACGGGGCUUGUCACAUAGCAGUACUGUGUUACGCAAGUAUCUAUAUUUUUAUUUUACUCGUUAUUCUUAAGUAACUUUUUUUGCCCAGGCAUCACGGUUUCAUCAUCUGGGCCAAAGAAGUAGGUCUAGGUAGAACUGUGAUGGCUCCUGGUACUGGCCCAGCUCGGCAACGU